GUUCGCACGGUGCUGUGGAGACGAUCUGCUGUGAUUAGCGGGGGCUGAAUCGCCGACGACCGAUGACGUAGUUCCGCGUCCUCCACCGUACAAACAUCAUCGUCGCCCUCGCUGCAGGCCUCCUCAACACCAUAACACCACCGUCGCACUUUCGCUCUAUACCGAACAGUCUUGCCCCAUCCUACCGCCAACAUGCACAGAACAUACUCGAUGCGCCAAUCGCGCGCCCCUACGGCGUCGCAGAUUCAGAACCCCCCGCCUCCGUCUUCGUCGACCAAGUCGGGGCGAUUCUUUGGCAGGGCAAACAUUGGACACACCUUCCGCCACAAGGCAGCGGGCUCCUUCGGACCUGAUCUUGCGAAGAAGCUCUCGGCACUGGUGAAGAUGGAGAAGAACGUUAUGCGCUCCAUGGAGCUUGUCAGCAGAGAACGCAUGGAGGUUGCUCAACAACUUUCAAUCUGGGGUGAGGCUUGCGACGAUGAUGUCUCCGAUGUUACCGACAAGCUGGGUGUCCUCAUCUACGAGAUUGGCGAGCUCGAGGACCAGUUUGUCGACCGCUACGACCAGUACCGUGUGACCAUCAAGAGCAUCCGAAACAUUGAGGCGUCUGUCCAGCCCAGUCGCGACCGCAAGCAGAAGAUCACCGACCAGAUUGCCCAGCUCAAGUACAAGGAGCCCAACUCGCCCAAGAUCGUUGUUCUUGAGCAGGAGCUCGUUCGCGCCGAGGCUGAGUCUUUGGUCGCUGAGGCCCAGCUUUCCAACAUCACUCGUGAGAAGUUGAAGGCUGCCUUCACGUACCAGUUUGACGCUCUCCGUGAGCACAGCGAGAAGAUCGCCAUCAUUGCCGGCUUCGGAAAGCACCUCCUUGAGCUCGUCGAUGAUACUCCUGUGACUCCUGGAGAGACCAGGAAUGCUUACGAUGGCUACGAGGCCAGCAAGGCCAUCAUUCAGGACUGCGAGGAUGCUUUGACCAACUGGGUCACGCAGAACGCUGCCGUCAGCUCCAAGCUUUCCACUCGCGCUCGCACUCUCUCGCAACGUCGCAAGAACGCUCACCGCGGCGAGGGUGUUGACCUCUCCCACCAGGACCAGCCGCUCGGCGACAGGGAAUCCGGCCUCUGGAUCCCGGCUUCAGAGCACGCUGGUAACGGCUACGAGGAGGAGGAGGAUGACCUCGAUGCCCCCUCAACCAUCGCGGAGACCCGAGGCCGCGAGGAGGAGAGGGUAGUUGCUGCUUAAGUCCUUGUUCAACAAGGAUUGUAGCGCAUCACUCCUCUGAUGGUCCAGCUUCUCAACCUACGAUGUAUACCCCUGACG